CGAUUGCGUUCAUUAUACAUCAUAGUUGCAUCAGCGGCAUGGACGGUGACACUUCCCGAGAAAAAUUGCAAGAACAGAUUCGUUUACAAGGAGAAAGAGUUCGAAAGUUAAAAAUAGAGAAAGCUGAAGCACAACAGAUUUGCUGAGAAGCAGUCACUACAAGACAUGUUUCCUAUUUGUAAAUUCCACCUAAAAGUAUUGCAGAAUUGGUCCAACAAAUGCUCACUUCGCCAUCUCUGCCAGGUGAAAGAUGAAGUAGCCAAGUUAUUGGAGUUAAAGGCACAGUUGGGUGAUGAUCCUGGAAAGGGAAAAUUUGUGUUAAAAUGUCCAAAGGGAACAAAAGAUUACAACCCGGAACAGAUGUCCAUAAGGGAGGGGGCAUUUAAAACAAUUAUUGGUUGUUUCAAGCGUCACGGAGCAGAAACUAUAGACACACCUGUAUUUGAACUAAGAGAAACACUGAAAGGAAAAUAUGGAGAAGAUUCAAAGUUGAUAUAUGAUUUACAGGAUCAGGGUGGUGAAUUAUUAUCUCUAAGAUAUGAUCUAACAGUACCAUUUGCAAGAUAUUUAGCCAUGAAUAAAAUAACCAAUAUAAAACGAUAUCACAUAGCCAAAGUUUACAGACGAGAUAAUCCAGCCAUGACUAGAGGAAGAUUUAGGGAAUUCUACCAGUGUGAUUUUGACAUAGCAGGUCAGUAUGAUGCCAUGAUACCUGAUGCAGAGUGUGUAAAACUGGUGGUAGAAAUUUUAACCAAAUUAGAACUGGGAGAAUUUGUUGUAAAGGUUAAUCACAGAAAGUUAUUAGAUGGUAUGUUUGCUGCCUGUGGAGUUCCAGAUGAUAAAUUUAGAACAAUUUGUUCCUCAGUAGAUAAAUUGGAUAAGACAUUUUGGGAUGAUGUGAGAUCUGAAAUGAUAGACGAGAAGAAAUUAGAUCCAGCGGCAGCUGACAGAAUAGGUACCUAUGUCAAAUUAAAAGGUGGACUAGAUUUAAUAGAAGCCUUACUGAAUGAUGAAGACCUCAAAAAACAGAAAGCUGCAGUAGAGGGAUUAGAAGAUCUGAAAUUGUUAUUAAAAUAUUGUGAUUUAUUUGGCAUUUUAGACAAGGUAUCUUUUGAUUUAAGUUUAGCCAGAGGCUUAGAUUAUUAUACAGGUGUUAUUUAUGAAGCUGUAUUACAAGGUUUUGCACACAAACCAUCUGCUGGUUCAGAUGAGGAGAGUGUCAGUGUAGGCAGUGUGGCUGGUGGUGGACGAUACGAUGGUCUGGUUGGUAUGUUUGAUCCCAAAGGAAGGAAGGUACCGUGUGUUGGUGUCAGUAUUGGUAUUGAAAGGGUUUUCUCCAUACUGGAAUCCAGAGCCAAUUCUUCCAAUGUGAAAACCAGAACCACAGAUACAGAAGUUUUUGUUGUAUCAGCUCACAAUGGCCUUCUAGAAGCUAGAAUGAAACUCUGCAAUGAAUUAUGGGAUGCUGAUAUAAAGACUGAACAAUCUUAUAAGAAGAACCCUAAGUCAUUAAGUCAGUUUCAGUAUUGUGAAAGUAGUGGUAUACCUAUAGCUGUUAUUAUAGGUUCUAGUGAAUUAGAGAAGAAUAUCGUAAAGUUAAGGAUUGUGGAAACAAGAGAGGAGAUGGAAGUAUCAAGAGAGAAAAUGGUAGAUGAAAUCAGAUCAACGUUGGCCAGAUUAUCACAACAGAAGACACAAAAUAAUGCCUCUGGUUCAUAACAACUGACAGAACUUUAUUUAUUUAUUGUCCCCCAUUAUGUCAGACAUUAACUGUUAACUUGUGCAUGUUAUAGUGCAAUACUAAAUAACUGCCUACCACAUUGUAUGUACCAGUACAAUGUAUUAAUUUGCUUUAAAUAUUUUAUUACAACAGGCUAUUUAGAAUUUUGUAUAAGACAAUAUUAGUUAGGCCUACCAUAAUUUCCUUGCACAAAAUGGCUUAAAAGCAAAAAUGAAAUGUAAAGCAUCAUAAUGGCAAUUACAGUUGCUUUCUCAAAAUUUUCUCAGACAAUGAAGUGAAGGGGUCUGUCAAUACUGUUGAUAUUAUCUGUUAAAACACUUUAUCUUUUGUGACCAGACUUUUUUAAAUGAAUGGUAUGCUCUUUUGUAUUUCCUAAGGGUUUGGAUAUUUUUAUUUAAUUUUUUCACUUUGACCAGUUGGAUGUUUUCAAGUUUCAGUAAGUUUAAGGUAUAUGGCACUUUAUUGUUACUUUUAAAUUUUCUUUUUUUGCAUACCAUUACUCUAUUUAAUUAUUAAGAAAAGAAUUGUUUCAUCUAUCAUUGUUUAAUGAAAUUAAGUUCAUAAAUUACAAAGUUUGAAUAAAUAAAUAAAAACAAA